AUGGACAUGAGCAAGAUUGCCGCCGUCAUGGCCCAGAGCUACGAGUUGUACGAGUACCCCAUCCCGAGGUUGUUCAUUGUUUUGCCCAAGGAGGAUACUAUCAAAACGGGGAGACCAGAUCAAUUGAUCAAGGAGCUAUUCAUCAGAACGUUCAAGGUACAUUUCAAACAUGAGAUCCACAUUGCUCGUCACGAGGGUUACGAUAUUGAGUGCCCCACCGAGUUCUUUGAAAAGUAUGGUUCCUACAUCUUCAUGCUCCUCCAGAGGCUCAAGUACGGGGUUGCCACCGCUGGCGUCGUUGUUCCCCCAUUGGGUCAGCUCCAAAUUGUCGACAGCUUGGAGAACGUCGCUGACGAUAUCGAUCGCGUUCUUAAAAAUAUCAGCACGAGCAUCGACAUAUCAAUCGCCUACAUUGAGGGCCUAGCCCAGAGUCAACCGCCAUCGUCAGAGCCAGACCUGUCCACCAACUCGUCAACCCUUGUUGGUCCGGAGAUAUUGGAAGGUGCAUACCUUCGUCAGCUGGAUUCGUUUCUCAAGACGAAGGAUGAUGGACGAGUGCUAGGGAACCUAUACAUGAUAGUCACUGGGGAGGGUCAAGUCAAGUGGGUUUGCCUCGACCACUACCGCAAGAACUACAAAGCCAAGGCAGCGCAAGGUUUCAGAGAUGGUGUGGAUGAGAUCGGCGGGAAAUACAGCGAGGCUACUGGGAGCUUCACUCUCUCUUUGGAAUCGCCGAUCAUCGACAUUGCUUUGUGCUGGGAUUUCUCGAUGCAAGAUCUUGGCGAACUCCGAGAUGCUAUCAAAUCAACUACCAUCUUUCACGUCCGACUUGAUGGAGGAAACGGUGACGCUCCACUAUCAGAAUUUCUCAACAACAGUCGACGGUUUGAUCCAGUCUUGCAGAUGCUGUCCGAUGGGAACCUUCGGACGCUCCAAAUGACAGACUGGGGAGGCUUUCUGGGCAGUAUCAACAACAUCCUGGCUACACUAAGUAUCCGGGAACUUGGGAUCGACCUCCAUGCUGACAAUGUAAACGUGCGCGUCGCUAAUGGGUUUAAGACUGUUCUCGAUUCUCUCGCCGCUUCAUUGGAGCGAUUCAGGCUGUCCCAGGGUCUUACGCUGGCGAUGACGAUCUUGCCCAACAAAAUGAAACACCUCAAGUUUUUUGAGGCGUCGGUGGAGUUCGAGGCGGGCACCGGAAAAAUCCUUUCGAUCGUCUUGACCAUCGAGAGCGCAGAGGAGACAAAGCUGUUCGACCACCCCUCAGUUCGGGAAAUUUACUUUUACAAGAGCAAGGGACCAUCUGGUCCGCUAAAGCAUCUUCAAAGGUGCCUCGGCGGUUACACCAAUUUGGAGAGAAUCGAGUUUGAUUCUUCGGAGGACAUUACAUUUGCUUGGUUGGAGCUUUUGCAGGUGGUAUUCGCCAAACACCCUCGACUUGCACCUCAAGUUUAUCUCUCCGACUCGGUUUCAACAAUAUGGACAAGUGACGUUCACGAUCCUACGGCAUCAAUAAUUGACAUCCAAGUCAUUAGCAACAGCUCCAUCUCGAAAGGAUAUCUAAACAGGGCUCCAAGAUUCGGCACAUUCAACAUCAAAAUAGUAUCUUUUGGGAGCGACACCACUCGUCAGACGUCAAUGCACUUAACCGAUAUUCGGGGUGGAUUCAGGGAGACGCAUCUGGCUAAUUUGGUGGAUCGGUGUAUUUCGACUGCAACACAAGUCAUGCAACUCCCGCAGAACCCCGAGUCGCUCGCAGAUCAACUAGUCGUCCAGGAUCUAAGAGCCCAGACCCACCAGCGUCUCCGCAUUUGUUUAUACAAUGUGUAUGUGACAGAGACGACUACCAUCAAGGAACAGAACGAGAGGCUGACCAGGCUUGGCCUCGGAUGGAUUCGACUCGGAACGCGAAGCAAGAUAGAUGGUUCAUUUUUUUAA